AUGUCUGACAGGAUGAGUACAUGGGGCAUAGUGCCCAUGAUCCUGCUGCUGGGCAGAAAUUCCACAAAUUUCUACAAGGGGCAGACAACAUGGCUUGUCAUCUCUUUCCUCUUUCUUUCCGUCAUGUAUUUAUCGCAAAUGCCCUGGAUUAAUAGAAAGAAAGACUUCCAGUGCCACGGGAACAUCUCGGACGCCUGCUUAGCUGAGUGCUACAAUAAACACUUCCCCGUGUCCGUGGUGGGAGUUUGGAACACUUUCGGCUUGACUGUCUAUUCCGUCUUUUUUAUGAUGGAGUUUUCAGUCUCUCAGAAUUUAAAUGUAAGCUUACCACAUCCGCAGCAGUCCUUGGAGGAAGAGUCAUCCAGCGGCAUGCUCUGUCGUGAAAAGGACACCGAGAGGGAGGAAAUGAUUUCGACCUUGUCCAAGGAGAAGCUCCUGCUGUCUGUGUUCCUGUUCUAUUAUCUGGUUCAGAUGGCCAUACAAGGGAUCUUCCUGAUCUUCCUAUGGAACUAUCAGCGAUCCCUAAUUAAGGAAGAUAUCUGGUGCCACACAACUGUGUGUCCCGGGCCAUUCUUGUGCGUGUUUCUGGGGACACGGGAGAAGUUAAUGUCUAUGGCACUUAUGACGAUGCUCUCUGUGGUCAUCAUAAUCUUCUGCUUUAUAUUCUUCCUCUAUACCAUUAGUCUAUAUGCUCUCACCAGUGUAAUUCUGAGGGACACAGAAGCUAAAUCCCAGCAGCUGUCUGGAUGA